AUGGCUCUCGAAGUGGCCGGUCCAGAGAUCAGGCGCCCGCAGAGCGUCAACGAGGCUGAGGAUUCCAUCGUACUCCAGUCGCUAGGCGCCGCGAGCUCAAGCGCUGCCGCGCCUGUUGACGACGAUCCGACUUCCUCCACUGCUGCCAAUGCUGCAAAGCAUUCUCGUGGACCGAGCCCUGUCUCUACCAGAGGCUCAGGUGCCGUCGCAGCUGAGGUCGAAGAGGAGCCAACGAACUCUCCCUCAGACGAGUCCGACCGUUUGGACGGCAUCGGUGUCUGGCUUCUGACGAUACAGCACCUUUCAAGUGCGUGGGGAGGGCGAAGCGCUGAAUUUGCCUUUCCUCUAUACCUCAUUGAGCUCUUCAAGAACACGCUCCUGCCUGCCUCUCUGUAUGGCUUCAUCACUACAGCAGCGGGCAUACUACUGGCGGGCUCCGUCGGCAUCUUCGUCGACCGCUCGCCGCGCCUACGCGCGGCUCGAAUGACGAUCAUAUCGCAGAAAACUUGCGCGUCGCUCAGUUACACCAUCUUUCUGAUACUCUUCACGCGCCCGCAUACACCGUCUACCACGGUAUUAUGGUCGACAUUCGCGCCAAUCGCGCUCAUGGGUAGCUUACUCGCGUUAUCAUCCGCUGGUACAACCGUUGCGAUUGAGCGUGACUGGGUCAGCGCCCUUGCGAAGGGCAGGCACGAGCAGUUGACACUUCUCAACGGCCGCCUACGCCGCAUCGACUUGCUGUGCAAACUUCUGGCGCCACUCGCUGUCAGCGGGCUCACCGCUGGUGCAGGAUAUGCUGUCAGCGCAGCAGUUCUAUUGGCGCUCAUGGUCGGUACAGCGGCGUUUGAGUUCGUGUUCUUGGAGAUUGUAUACCGGAGGUUCCCAGCGCUCGCGGAGCCGCGACCCGCGCGAACAGAACAGCCCGCGGAAAGAACCUCGAGACAGACGAUGUCGAGGCGGACUUCGAAGAUCUUCAAGCGCCAGGCGCGCGAUUGGCGCGAGUUCGCCGCGCAUCCUAUCUUUCUGAGUUCGCUGUCGGCGGCGUGUCUAUACAUGACUGUACUCUCAUUCGAUGGGAUUUUCAUCUCUUACCUGAAGGCCGCGACGGACUUCUCUGAUCCCUUCGUCGCGGGAAUGCGGGCCCUAUGCGUCCUAAUGGGGCUCGCGGGGACCUUUGCGAUGCCCUUCCUUGACAAGUGGAUUGGCUUAACGCGUGCCGCAAGCUGGUCGAUCUGGUCAGAAACGCUCGCGCUAGUCCCGACCGUCGUCAGCCUUUUCGUAGACACGCGCCGCCAUCGCACGCCCUGGAGCUCGGCACUUCUCUUCGGCGGCAUGGCGCUCUCUCGCAUUGGCCUUUGGAGUUUUGAUCUCGCGCAAUUGGCACAACUUCAGCAUGCGCUCGAUACUCACCCGCGCGCGAACACGCUUGCGGCGCUGCAGAUUGCAUUGCAGAAUGUUGCAUCGCUGGCCGCAUAUGCUCUCACGAUUGGCUGGCACGAGCCGACGGAGUACAAGUUCGCCGCUGUUGCAUCGCUUUCGGCGGUCGGCACGGGCGCUAUCGUGUACGUGUUCGGAUAUGCGCGCAGAGUGCGCGGGCAUGUCUUCCACUUUGAGAAGAUCCCUUUGUUGUUCAAGUCAGAGUAG